AUGUUGUGUCUGCUGGCCCUGCCCACGCGCUGCCCCGCCGCCGCUCAUCAGGCGCUGGUGGACGUCAUCCAACAGCACACGGGCGAGUGCUCCGUGCUCACCUUCUCCAACGUGGACAUGGCGCCAACGAUCCGGGAGCUCAACCGGCACCGAGUCAGCGCCAUGAACUUCAAGUUCGUGUCAGAACUGGUCUCCGGCGAGCUGCCGAGGGUGUCGCCGCCCGACACCAGCUACUACGCUGAGGUGCUGCGGCUGUCCUGUCUCGUGCACGUGUUCUGGGGCAACAUCUCCUCGCUACUGGGCGACUCGCUGCGCGCCAUCGAGCGCCAGAAGACGGUAGUCAUCCGACGCGAGUACUUCCUGUUGCACGACACGACGGCCGUUGCGCCGCCGGCCGCGCUCUUCGCGCCGCUCGGCGACCGGCCCCACGUGGCCGUGUUCAGCGACGCCGGCCAGGACGUGAGCCUGCACGUACGCUGUCUGUACUGCGACGGCGGCGGGGCACGUCUGUACGAGGCCGGGCGCUGGACGCCGGCCGAGGGCCUCCGGCUGAGCUCGCCGCUCUUCUUCGACCAGUUCGCCGACUUCAGCGGCCACCGGCUGACGUGCGUCACGCUGCCGUUCGUGCCGUUCGUCGACGUCGGCGAGCUGCCGGACGGCCGCCUCGUGUCGCGGCCGUCGAUCGACAUUAACGCGCUGGAGAUGACGGCGCGCAAGUGGAACUUCACCUAUGACCUGCGCAAGCCGUCCGACUCGCAGUGGGGUGUGCAGCUGAAGAACGGGCGCUGGACGGGCGUGCUGGGAGAGCUGAUAAACGGGACGGCCGACUUCUCGCUGGUGCUCACCCAGAACUACGCUCGCAGCGGCGUCAUCCGCUUCAUCCGCAUCUACGCCAUCGACCCGUUUGUGUUCGUCACGAGCCCUGCUCAGCCGCUGCCGCAGUGGCUCUCCAUCUUCCGACCAUUCGAAACGCCGCUCUGGUUGGUCACCAUCGCAUCCACGGUCAUCUCCGGCUGCCUGGCCUUCAUGUUCACGCGGCUGCACCCGCAGCCCGAGCGGCGCUUCUCGCUCGGCCUGUCCAUCUUCAACUCGUACGGCGCCAUGUGCGAGAACGCCCAGCACCGUCUGCCGGCCAACUCAAUCGCCGCCCAGACUUUUCUCGGCUGGUGGUGGCUGUACUGCAUCAUCAUUCUCACCGCCUACAAGUCGUCGCUGGUUGCUAUGAUGACGGUGCCGUCAUUUAGCAAGAACAUAAACUCGUUGGAGGAGCUGGCGUCCAGCAGCUUCUCCUGGGGCAUCACGAACACGUACGGAUCCGACCACAUCCUCUUCCAGACCUCGCCGAUGCCCGUCUACCAGCGGCUGUUCGCCUCCAUGCAGUACCACAACAUCGAGGACUCGUUCGUCAAGCUACUGACCGAGCGGUACGCCUUCAUUUCGUGGAGGUCGAACCUGCAGGCGUUCAUAGCGGAACGGUACUCGGACAGCAGCGGCCGACCGCUGGUCCAUAUGGCCAAGGAGGCCUUCUCGCCCGAGAACUUCGCCUGGGCUUCCGGCCGAAGGCGCCGUUCGUGCACAAGUUCGACGCGGUGA